UCCUGCCAGGCUGCGGGCGCCGGAGCGACUCUUCAGCGUUUGCGCCGGCGGCUGCCGCGUAUCUCUCAGCUCCCCCUUCCUUUGAACCCCGGGCCCGGGGGCGCCCGCCUCUUCUGUGGCCACUCCGCCUCUUCUCUCCUUCUGUCCCUUCCUCCGCUUCCUUCUUCCUUCCUCCUUCCCUUCUUCGCCGCCGCCGCCCAGGACCGCCGGCCGGGGGACGAGCUCGGGGCAGCAGCCAGAAAGCAUAACCCCUACUGUAGAGCUAAAUGCACUGUGCAUGAAACUUGGAAAAAAACCAAUGUAUAAGCCUGUAGACCCUUACUCUCGGAUGCAGUCCACCUAUAACUACAACAUGAGAGGAGGUGCUUACCCCCCAAGGUACUUAUACCCAUUUCCAGUACCACCUUUACUUUACCAGGUUGAACUUUCUGUGGGAGGACAGCAAUUCAAUGGGAAAGGAAAGACGAGACAGGCUGCGAAGCACGAUGCUGCUGCUAAAGCGCUGAGGAUCCUGCAGAAUGAGCCCCCGCCCGAGAGGCUGGAGCAGUCCCAGGCUGGGUUCGAACCCACCAGCCCCCGUGUACGUGGCAGGCGCGCUAAGCGGGUGAAUGGAAGAGAAUCAGAAGAAGAAAAUCUGAAUAAAUCUGAAAUAAGUCAAGUGUUUGAAAUUGCACUUAAACGGAACUUGCCUGUGAAUUUUGAGUCUUUCCCUCUGACACAGGUGGCCCGGGAGAGCGGCCCACCCCACAUGAAGAACUUUGUGACCAAGGUUUCAGUUGGGGAGUUCGUGGGGGAAGGUGAAGGGAAGAGCAAGAAGAUUUCAAAGAAAAAUGCGGCGAUAGCUGUUCUUGAGGAGCUGAAGAAGUUGCCCCCCCUGCCAGCAGUUGAGCGAGUGAAGCCCAGAAUCAAAAAGAAAACAAAACCCAUAGCCAAACCACAGACAGGCCCAGAAUAUGGCCAGGGGAUAAAUCCGAUUAGCAGACUGGCCCAGAUCCAGCAGGCAAAGAAGGAGAAGGAACCGGAGUACAUGCUCCUCACGGAGCGAGGCCUCCCACGCCGCAGGGAGUUCGUGAUGCAGGUGAAGGUUGGAAACCACACUGCAGAAGGAUCAGGCACCAAUAAGAAGGUGGCCAAACGCAAUGCAGCUGAGAACAUGCUGGAGAUUCUUGGUUUCAAAGUACCGCAGGCGCAGCCCACCAAACCAGCACUUAAGUCAGAGGAGAAGACACCAGUAAAGAAACCAGGGGAUGGAAGAAAAGUAACCUUUUUUGAACCUAGCUCUGGGGAUGAAAAUGGAACUAGUAAUAAAGAGGAUGAGUUUAGGAUGCCUUAUCUCAGCCAUCAGCAGCUGCCUGCUGGAAUUCUUCCCAUGGUGCCUGAGGUCGCCCAGGCUGUAGGAGUCAGUCAAGGACAUCACGCCAAAGAUUUCACCAGGGUAGCGCCAAAUCCUGCCAAGGCUACGGUAACUGCCAUGAUAGCCCGAGAGUUGUUGUAUGGGGGCACCUCGCCCACAGCUGAGACCAUUUUAAAGAAUAACAUCUCUUCAGGCCACGUACCCCAUGGACCUCUAACAAGACCCUCUGAGCAACUGGACUAUCUCUCCAGAGUCCAGGGAUUCCAGGUUGAAUACAAAGACUUCCCCAAAAAUAACAAGAACGAAUUUGUAUCUCUUAUCAACUGCUCCUCUCAGCCGCCUCUGAUCAGCCAUGGUAUUGGCAAAGAUGUGGAAUCCUGCCAUGAUAUGGCUGCUCUCAACAUUUUAAAGUUGCUGUCUGAUUUGGACCAACAAAGUACAGAGAUGCCAAGAACAGGAAACGGACCAGUGUCUGUGUGUGGGAGGUGCUGAACCUUUUCUGGCCAGGAACCAUUAUAAGAUCCCAACAUAUAUACUGAAAAUACUGAAACUGCUUUGAAAAUUUGGAAUUUCUGAUACCUCCAGUGGGCCGAGAGACACAGUGGGUAAAGAAUGAGGGCAGCAGUGUGGUGAAGAUGGAGACAUUAAGGAGGUGGCCACGGCUGGGCUGGACUGUGCUGGGUUUAUUGUGAUGGCCACUUUGUGAACAAGUGGUUCCCACACAGAAGCAGCUACUCCAUCAGGAAACCAGCAGAUCAUGCCCUGGGCACCCCAGUACUUGGUCUUUAUUUUAUUUUGCCGUGUGAAAGAAGAAACAGAAAACAGAAAGCAUGGCCCUUUCUCAAACUGGCUCACUCACACUUUGGGACAAACCCUGGACAGCCACACCAGAGAGAGGCCUUAGACCGGCCCCAGAGCUAAAAGCACCAGAGAAAAUCAAAUGCUUCUUACUCAGUGUAACCUAACUUUUCUAGCGUGCUAUGGCCCCACCACCUCCUGUAGUACCCACAUCAUAACCACUGCUUUCUCUUAGUUUAUUUUCUUUUGAUUGAUAUGACACUAUAUAAAAUUUUCAUUUGAGAGUUGAGUCUCAAUUGUAUCUAGUUAUUAGCACAGUUUGGAAACUUGUCUGAGACUAACUUUACCUGUUAUCUAACCGGCAAAGAUCAUAUCCAUGUGUAUGUGCUUAUACAUUUUUAUUUUAUCGGACUAACCCAGGACCAUUUCAGUGAUGCAAAUUGUGUGCCCUCUGGUUUAGCUGAAACAGUCCUGGACUUCUCAGAAACCUUGAUGAAGUCUCCCCCAGUUGUACAAAUUGGACAAUUUUAGGAAUUUUAAACUUUAGGUGAUCAUUUGGUUCCUUUUCUAUUUUAUUUUUGUUAAUACAACAGGACUUAAAGAAAUGAACUUUGAUCUUUGUUUUAAAGAUUAUAAAAAUUGUGUCUACCCAUAUAGCUCUUGAGGACAUAACUGUCACUACACUACAGGAUAUGAUCUCCAUGUAGUCCACAUAUACCUACAGAUUGAUUUUCCUUGAGUGCUUGAUACUGUUAAUUACAUCUCCAUGUAGGGCUGAAAAGAAUGACCUAUGUUUCCAUAUACAGCUGUGUUGCUUUUGAUGUUGUGUUGUAGUACACAGAAAUGUGUGCACUGAGGUUCUGCGUAUGGUCCAGAAGAGAAGCCUGGUAGCCUUGCAAGUUAAGUACUGCUUCCAUUCAUUGUUUACGCUGGAAUUUUUCUCCCCAUGGAAUGUAAGUAAAACUUAGUGUUUGUCACCAAUAAAUGGUAAUACUAAAUUUUUUUUGUUAAUUUAUUCUCAAAUGCCACUACUGCUACCUUGGUCCCCUCCCAAGUUGCCCUCUACCCUUUUUUUAUUUUUAAGAAAAUUUGUAAUGCUUAUGAUUCCAUAUGGGCAAAAAUCUGAAGAUCUGAAAUAACUUUAUAUCAAACUAUUGAUCAAUAAACAGCUACUAAUGAA